AUGUCUUCUAGUCUGACUACAGAGCAGUUGGAAGAAUGGCCUCAAAGCAAAAGACCAGCAAUAUAUGGGGUUUGCGCUGUGAUGCUGAUAUUGGGAAAUGCAUCAGUGCCGCUGCGUAUCUGGGCCCAAUGGAAAAUUCAUAGGCGAACGUUUAUGGAAGAUUAUUUUCUUUUCGCAGCACUGUUAUUAGCCAAUGUUGGCACCAUCACUACAAUAGUUGCAGGGACUGACGGGCUGGGUCUGCAUACAUUCCGCGUAGUAUUGCAAGACCCAACGUACCAGAACCUUGUAGGAGUAUUUGCCUGUUCCCCAGUUAACUGGUAUUGGGAAAAAGUGAACCCGAAUGUCGAGGGAACUGGCACAUGUGUCGUGGCCGUGAAAUACAUUGGCACCCCGUUAAUUCUGAGUAUGGUUUCUGAUUUUUUCAUACUUCUUUUGCCCAUUAUGACUGUACUGGGCUUGCAAAUCAAUAUCAAGCGGAAACUUGGGCUUACAUUAGUCUUUUCUGUGGGUUUCAUAACUUUGGCAUGCUCAAUAGCGCGGGUAACAGUGUUACUUGCUGGAACCGAGAUAGCAGACGACGAGACAUGGACUCUUACAUCAUUCGUGGUGCUCAGUGUUGUCGAACUCACGUCAGCCAUUCUUUGUGCCUCCGCUGUGCCAAUAUUCUCAUAUCUCCGGCUUAUCAUUCGCGGAGGAAAUUCACAGCCGAGUUAUGAGGGCUACAGCUUCAAGGACACACACGCAUCGCGCCUGAGACAUAACCAUGUAACUAGACUGCCCUCCUCAAGUUCCGAGAAUCUUCAUGGAGAAUUUGCUAGACAGGAGGACAUUAAUGUAUAA